AUGUUUCGCCUUAUUUUGGUCGUGUUCUUGGUCUUUCAAAUCCAAAUCGAAGCUUUCAAUUUAUCGCCUUAUCCAAAUCAAGUGAUAAAAUAUCAGGGACAUCCAAAACAAUCCCGCAGUUCCUACUUCGGAUACUCGCUCGUCAUCAGACAGAAAAGAAUUUUUGUAGGAGCACCCCGAGCUCAAUCCACUUUCCAAGCGCAAAGCAAUAUUGAGGAGCCUGGGAUGAUCUACAGGUGCUCCCUGGAAAACCAGAACUGCCAGCCAUAUGCCCUGGAUUCCAAGGAUAAUGAGGAUUCGUACGAUACGUUAUUCUUGGGCUCAAAGCACAAGGACUUCCAGUGGCUUGGUGCGUCAAUGGAUGGAGGCACCCAGGAUACGGAUAAGCUCCUCGUUUGUGCCCCCCGAUUUUACACCCACAGUUGGGAUAAGGAUGAACUGCCCGUUCAAUACCACAUGCUCGGAAUCUGCUACUGGGUUAAAAACACAGUGAACGACAUUCCGCUGCGCGUUAUGGAGAUUUCCCCACUUCGUGACCCAAAAAUUCAGGAGCGUGAGAUCGCAAAUGUCACCCACUGGAUCUACAGUUUAGGCCAACUGGGCCUCAGUGGCCAUGUGUCGGAUAAUGGCUCCAAGUUUCUGAUCGGAGCCCCAGGCAUUGAUGAUUGGAAGGGAACGGUGAUCCUAAACCAGGAAAAAGAGAACGAGGAAAGUUCCGCCAGAGCUCAGCGUGACACGAGUAGGGCACUGUUCCUGAAACGAGCUAAGCGGUCGGUCUCCCGAUCCGACACGGUAGCUAUACAUCCAAAUGGGACUCAGCAGGAUGACUCGUACUUCGGCUAUGCCGUGAGUUCCGGCUACUUUGACAGCCUCAAUACUUCACACCUUCUCUACGUGGCCACCGCUCCCCAAGCCAACAAUCAAUCUGGCGAGGCCUACAUCUUCGAUGUCCGGGGAGAGAGUAUCCAGAAGUACAAAGUCUUCCGGGGCGAUCAGUUUGGUGAAUAUUUCGGCUAUUCUGUGCUGGCGGAGGAUCUCAACGGAGAUGGGAAAACGGACCUCAUCAUAUCUGCCCCCUUUCACGCUCUGAAUGAUUCCUACGACAAUGGAGUCAUUUAUGUUUUUAUCAACAAUGGCCUUCUCAACUUUACAAAGACUAUUAUCAAGUCGCCAGCGGGCUGUACGGGUCGAUUUGGAGCAACUCUUUCGCGUCUCGGAGACAUUAACGACGAUGGAUAUAAUGACGUGGCCGUGGGAGCUCCCUUUGCCGGAAACGGAUCGGUGUUCAUCUACAUGGGCGGAGAGUUUGGACUGCGGGAUCAGCCGAGUCAGCGGCUGGAUGCUCCUUCCCAGCAACCUUCCAAGUACGGAUCGCACAUGUUCGGCCACGGCCUCUCCCGCGGACUGGACAUAGAUGGCAACGGGUUCAAUGACUUCGCCAUCGGGGCUCCCAAUGCCGAGGUCGUGUAUCUUUAUCGCGCCUAUCCCAUUGUCAAAAUACUUGCCACAGUAAAGUCGGAGUCGUGGGAGAUAAAGCCGGAUCAGGAGAAGGUGAAGAUCACCGCCUGCUAUCGGUUGAAUACUACCGCCAUGGCAUUGGAGGUGCAGAAGCAGCAGGAACUGAACAUCCGUAUUGCCGUCGAUACGAAGCUGAAACGGGUUAAGUUCGUCCAGACGCAGACCAACGAGAUGAGGUUCAAGGCGAAGGCGGGUAUCGAGGAGCAGUGCCAGGUGUUUGAAGCACAGGUUCGCAACACUAAGAAGGACAUGUUCACGCCCAUCGAACUGGAGAUGCACUACGAGCUUACCAACAAGGUUUCCGUCUCGGGGGAGUUCUGCGAAACCUGCGUGGCUGUUGAUCCGGCAGAGCCGAAGGUUUACACGGAGAAGAUAAACAUUGCUGUUUAUACCGCCGAUCUGAGGUUGAGGAGCAAAAAUGUGAGCCUCAGUUUUAUUUUGGGCAGUAGCGAUACCAUCCGACUGAGUUACGAGAUCACCAACAACGGCGAGACAGCCUACCUGCCCCAAUUCAACGUGACCAGCACUCCCCGCUUGGCUUUCGCUCAGCUUCCCGGAAAUUGCAGGGUCGGCGACUAUGAUGACCAAGUUAUGGUGUGCGAUUUGAACCGCGGAGGACCGCUGGCCAAGGGGGACAGCGACUCCGUCACCAUCAGCUUCGAUGUGAGCCAAUUCAGCGGACAGUCGCUGUCCAUCCACGCGGAAGUAUCCAGUGUCGGAAAGGAAAAGAACCCUACGGAUAAUAAGCAGAGUGUCGAGAUCAGCUUAGAGGAGAUCGCCGAGAUCGAUGUUAGCGGUCGUCCCGCCGACGGUCAAAUUGCUCUUAAAUGUUCUGAUUCCUCCGCGGAAGUCAUGAACAGUUACAAGAUCAGGAGUCGCGGUCCCAGUAUUAUCGAGCAGUUAACCCUGUCCGUUUAUAUUCCCAUAGCGUUUAAGAUGGCAUCAUCUGAGGCAUUUAUACCCAUCGUUAAUGUGACCAGUCUGAAGAUGCAGGCCACCUACAAUGCCCGUCCGUUGCCCAUCAAGCUCUACGAUCAUAACAAUGCUCUGCUCGAUACGUUUCCCAUUGGGAACUCCAGCCAGAGCGAAGUGUACAACAUCCAGCCCCGAAAGCGUAGGGAUCUCCAAGGCCUGCUAGUCAACCAAACGAAAGAAGCUGGCUUCUAUCUUAAGCGGCUGUUCAAUAAACCAUCGUUAAAUCGCAGCAUUGCAUUGGACUGCCGGGAAACCAACCUGACCAUCUGUGUCCGUGCCGAGAUAAGUGUCAAAUUUUGGCCGUCUGAACCGAUCAGCCUGAACAUAAGCUUUAAUGUGGACCUAAAAGAUAUAGAGGAGCCCUGGGAUUACUUUGUCAUCCAGACUGAUGUGAAACUGCUCAAGGAGGACGAUCCCACGUCCAGUUCAAUUGUGAUUCAUAGUCUGAUCCAACCUAAUGUGUUAUACAAGCAUGCUGGACUGUCCAUCUGGAAAAUAAUUAUGGCAGUGAUCGGAGGGGGCCUGAUCCUUGCUGCAAUAACCUAUGGCUUUCACAAGUUUGGAUUCUUUAAACGAACCAUGCGAUACGAAAUAGCCAGGAUAAUUCGCAGCAGCUUUGAGGAGGAGUUGGCAGAGGCGGAGGCAUUGGCGGAAGCCAAUUCAAGGGCCAACUCGGUGGCAGUUAGAAACGAGAGGCGUCGACAGUGA